ACGUCGUUGAUCGAUUCUCUGGAAGAACAGGACCAAUUCAUAUAUACAGCUAUGACCCGGCCCACCCGUGUAGGCAGUGGAACAGUGCUAUAGCUUCUAGAGCUACGACGACCUCCUGUGACCUCUAGCUUGCUUGCCGCCUUGCCUCCUCCUGUAACUUCUCGCCGAUCGAUCGAUCGACGAGCUAGCUACCUCUGCGUCGUGGUUGGGAGAGACACCGAUGAGGUUGCUGAAGGAGGGGAGCCUGAAGCUGUGCAGCCACCACGUGGUGCCGUUCCUCGUCGGGGGAAUUCUGCCCACGGUCCUCCUCUUCGUCUUGGCCUCCGACCGGGUUGGCGAGCAGCUGUCCGGCGUCUCCGGCAGCUGGCUGGGAAACAGCAACGGUGGAACUUCCGGGGCGGCGCCUGCACCGCUGGAACAUGCGGUGGAGAGAUUCCCGGGGCUCGCGGAGCUGCUGCCGAAGGUGUGCACGGAGGACCGGACGGUGAUCAUCACGUCGGUGAACGAGGCGUGGGCGCGGCCGGGCUCCCUCCUCGACCUCUACCUCGAGAGCUUCAACAACGGCGAGGACACCGCGCACCUCCUCGACCACCUCCUCGUCGUCGCCCUCGACCCCGCCGGCUUCCGCCGCUGCGUCGCCGUGCACCCGCACUGCUACCUCCUCGAGGUGACCACCGUGAACCUCACCUCCGCCGCCCGGUUCAUGUCCAGGCAGUACCUGGAGCUCGUCUGGACCAAGCUCGAGCUCCAGCAGCGCGUCCUCGAGCUCGGCUACAACUUCCUCUUCACCGACACUGACAUGCUCGUGCUCCGGAACCCGUUCCGGCGGAUCCCGGUGUACGCGGACAUGAGCGUGUCCUCCGACGACUACUCGGCGGCGCGGGCGCACCCGCUGGACAACCCGCUCAACACGGGGCUCUACUACGUGAAGGCGACGAGCCGGGGCGUGCGCGUGCUCAAGUACUGGCGGGCGGCGCGGGCGAGGUUCCCCGGCGCGCACGACCAGUCGGUGUUCCACAACAUCAAGCGCGAGCUCGUCCAGAAGCUGGGGGUCGCCAUCGAGCCCCUGGACACGGUCUACUUCGGCGGGUUCUGCGAGUACCACGACGACCUCGCCAGCGCCUGCACCAUGCACGCCGACUGCUGCGUCGGCGUGGACAACAAGGUGCACGACCUCAAGGACGUCGCCGCCGACUGGGAGAGGUACAAGGGCAUGGCGCCGGAGGAGAGGAAGAGGGUCGGCCGGAAUAUGACAUGGACGGUGCCCGCGCGGUGCCGGAGGUCCGUGAACUGGAGUAAGCCCGUGCACCCCUGAUGGCAGCUACAGAUCGGUUGAUAGCUGAUAUAGUAAUGCAGUUUUUUGGUCUGUUGACAUUGCCCAGGAUUUAUGUAAACGUACUGAAUAAAUUGUUGUUGACGAAAUACGCCUAGUUCUGAAGAGUUUGAGAGAGGAACAGUACUAGUGCAGUUUCAGAGGGAGACCCAUCGAGAUUCUUUCAGAAACCUGUCACAAAUUGCUACUACUUUGUAUGGGUUCAGAAGCACCUGCCAAGCAACGCGGUCUCUUGAUCGAGUUCGUAUGAAUGGAUGGAAAAGGAGCAGAAAACCUCAACCGGAUCCCCUACAUUUUACAGAAAAAAAACUGCAUUCUACAUGCAUGGGUUACACAGGCAGUUCAGACACAA